CAAUAAAAUAGUGCUUUUAACUACUAGGUAACAUUGUACUGGUAAGUUAGCAAGCCAAAGUCAUACUAUGUUAAAUUGCGUUAAAAAAGGUGAUUAAACUCCUUUCAGUAUUUUUUUUUAUGUGUUCGCGUUCCUGUUGCCAUGGCAGCCAGUAAACCUGGUCGUCUCCAUGGAAACUGAACGUCAACAGUCCGAAUGUAGCUUUACCAAAGAUACUCUAUACAUUAUUGAACGUCUCUGGCUUUACUAUCAGCUUCAUUAUUCUCUAAAUUAUUUUCACUGUUCAGUUGUUGAGGUAGAUGUUUUUAUUUGUAGCUUUCGAGGUGGGAGUACUUGCUACAUUUUAGGAUUUUGAAAAAUAGCUUAAAUUUGUUGUUUUCUUAAUGGAGUAUCUUGAAGGAUCAUCCGUGCAGCACCUAAAGGCUCUUUCUGCACUAUUAUCUACUCAGCAGGAAGACGAAGGGGAUGAAGAUUGUAAAAAUGUGUCAACAUAUGCACAACUGGGUCCUGGACAUAUUGGCCCCCCACCCAAAAAAGAUAAAGAUGUGUCAAGUGCCUACACAAAGAAGAACAGCAAAGAUAUUUGGAGUGAGGACGAGGUAGCUGAGGGCUCCCACUAUGACGACUUGGCUGACCCACGGCCACAACCUGAAUAUGAAAUAAUAUUGAAGCAGAGUGUGGGAGCAGAGGACCUGUUCCUGGGUUUAAGCAGAAAGGACCCAUCUUCUAUGUGCUGUGAAGCCAUGCUGGUGAAAAUCAAACUGCCAGACACCAAAGCAAAAGAUGUCAUUUUAGAUGUAAAAGAGAAGUUCCUUGAUCUACGAACGCCAAAAUACAAACUGGGCCUCCACCUGCCUAAUCCCAUCCACAAGCAGGAGGGCAAGGCGCAGUUCUUCAGCGAGAGAGAGGAACUGGAGGUGACUCUUCUGAUGAAGCGGCCAAUGGACUUCAUCAACAUGCAAUAAGAGAAGAUAAAUGAUAAUUCACAAGUUUUCAGAGGAAAUGGAAUAAAACCCCUUUGCUUAUGGACUAAACACAAAAAGAGCUAUAAGAAAUAUUGCUGUUAACCCUUACUAUGUUUGUGCAUGUUAUUUGAGUCAGUGCUCUUGCUAUAUGUGUAAAUACCAACUGUAUAAUGAUGAAUUUUAAUAAAUACUUUAGUUAUGUGUGACUGGCCUAUUAUUGGGUAAUCAGCAAUGUAGAGCAGAAGAUGGUAAACACACACUUAUGUAGGUGGAUGUAUUCAUCGAUGGACUGAUACAAAUCCAAAAUCCAAAUCCAAACUCAAAACUCACCUUUUCAAA